AUGAGGGACGGUAUUAAGAAACGCGUGAGAAAUGCCUGGGAGCGGGUGCGCCGUCGUUCUUCCACCCCUGGCCCUGAACAAACACCCCCUCCUCCUCAAACCGCUCCUUCUGCUCCUCAUCCUGCUCGACGGCCCUCCGGGGCAGCCCUCGCUCUCGCAGCUGGACUCAAAAUUCCAGGAACAACAUCAGUAUGGUCUGGGAAGUUUGCCCCCGGUACGGGGACGCAGCAGCGGGCAACUGGAGCUCAACCGCAAGGAGCUGGAGCAGGACCACCUACCAUAUCAGUCAAGCUCCCGCAAACAGCAACGCUGCAGUCCAUGGUGGGACUCACCCCUACUCAGGCGACCACCCUGGCCGGACAUAUCCAGAUCGAUCCGACGGGCACCGGACCUGCGUCGGGACCAACACCUCCCAUUGUUCCUCGACAGCAAAAGUAUCCCUCAUUCCAAUGGAAGGGAGAACUGAGACGACGGUGGAUAGAUGAUCCUGCCGUCGAUGGAUGCACGAUUGACCACACGUACUUGGACUACGUCGAGCUCGAUCGGAACUAUACGCUCCAAUACCCGAUCCGUAGAAACCUGACCGAAGACUUCCGCGACACAGUGCAACACGAGGGCCUCGUCAAUGAAUUCGACAAUCCACCAGCUGACCCCAACAAUUCCGUCUAUCAAACGCACAUCCGCCGGCACCAGCUGAUGAACUUCGACAUCACCACCGGCCCCGGCAUCAUUGUCGUGAAUGGCAUCUGGCGCGAGCCCUAUUCCCAAGCACCAUGGGGCUACGAGAUUCUCCUCGCUCUCUACGAGCGAGACUACGACAUAAUGACUCUGAGGUUCAUCUUCAUGAACGUAACCAGCGGCGAAACGCUCGACUUCGUCCGCGACCACGUCUACACCCCCAUCAACAACCUCAGAUGGCCCGACCCCGACUACGUCGAAUUCGCCCACGGAACCCAAGACUACGACGCCUGUCUCGGCAGCAAGCUAGGAAAGCUCGCAGCCUGCACCGUGCUAGCCGGUUUCGUGCGCGGCACUCACCAAAUCAGCCGUAUCCUCUGCUGGCCCAGCUCCGUCGGCUCAGGCAAUGACACCAUGCCAAUCCUGCGCUUCGACAUCGUCGAACAAGGCCCGAACCCCAGACGACGACCCACCCGACGAGUCGCGCAAGCCGGCGGCCAAGCCAACAUCCAGAUCCCUUGGGAAGUCUCCAUGCAGUAUCCAAUGCACUUUGGCAAGCUCCAAAGCGACGGCCUGCGAUAUCGCGAAUGGAUCGAAGACCCAUCAGCCCCGGGCUGCAUAGUCCAACCAACCGAUCUAACCUUCGACGCCUUCAUCACAACACGCCCCUUAAAAGGUCCCGCUCGCGCCCGCUUGCCAGAGACCUACCGGAGCCAGCUCCACGGCAUGAGCGCCGCACAAGGCCACGACCUACCCACCUACAAAUCCCCAUACCGCUACUUCAACAUCUCAUUACCGGACAUAGUCUGGAUAGGAUAUAUCGGUCCUGGCGUGAUCUUCAUGCGCAACCUCCUGCGCCGUAGCCACGCGCCUCACAUAUCCGCCGUCUCGCAUGCAUUCUAUAAUCGCAAUUUCGACCACAUGACCCAUAAAUACCAGCUGAGGCAUUUGAUGUUUACAGAUAUCAACGAGAUCUGGACGUGGCGGUUCUGUCGCGAGAUUCUGUAUCCGGAUAAUGGGUGGGCUUGGGAUGACGAUGCGCCGCAGGGUGUGCGGAGAAAGUUUAAUCGAGGAGGUCGGAAUUUCGAUGCCUUGCUCGGAACCUCCAUUGGCAAGAUUGCCGCUGCGACGGUCUUGAGCAUGUAUCCGCGAGGUGUGAAGCCGAUUACUGCUAUUUAUAUUUGGCCGACGAAUGGGGUUGGGCCUGGGCCGGUGAUGGGUCCCUCGCCGCGGGGUUUGUCGUUGACGAUGCGGUUUGAUAUCCAACAGGUAGGGCCAGGGACUCCUGGAUUUACUUAG